AUGUCGACGACAUCUUCACCAUCAAGACGUGGUGCCGAUGUGCCUGGCAUUGACACCCAUUUCGACCCCGAGAAACACUCUACAGCUUUAUCGUAUGCGGGCUGUUUGACACCACCUCAAUCAGCACACGAAAGCCGCUGUGGCUCGCUUGCCUAUGGCGCCUUUCCUGACGCCUCGUACAACCAUGGUGUCCCAUUGCCAUGUGUUUCUCAACCUGUCACUCCGAUACAAGCUGUAUCGCCUUGUGCUCAUGAUUUCACGCCGCAGUGGCAUCCGCGUACGUCACCUCAGGCCCAUCAAGCUGUACAGCACGCGGCCGCAUAUCCUGUACAGCAUGUGACUACAGCAUCGUUCGCCACCUGUUUACAACAGGCUGCGUGCAGUAGCGCCACAGAAUAUGGCUUGUCAGAUCAAAUGCUUCUGGACACGGCCUGGCCAGCACCACAGCGAAUGGAAUGGACGUCACAUCAUGACUACAACCACAUACCGGACUACUCGGGCGUAAGCCUCAGCUCGUCUCUCCUACAAAGCCAGACAGGCUUGUCUACUGCUCCUAAUCAUAGUAACUCCAGCUAUGCAGAUGGCACGUACCCUCACGAGACCCUGGACCUGCACACUGCUCAUGCUGCUCACUCAGAUAUCUUCGGGACUUCGUCUGCGCAAGUCGUACAUCCUCAACAAAUCACUGUUGCUCCGUCCAUGCUCACACCAAACGACGGAUAUGUUAUGCAGCCUUACCAAGAAUACAGCAGCCCCAACGGAGCUCGUCAAAGCCUCGCGAGCAGCUUUACCACCAGUUACGGAAGCUUCUCUUUCUCGGAGUACGAUGUACCCACGACCUCCGUAGACACAUAUCCGUACUCUGACGAAGAAUGUGUGCUUGUCAAGGGCGAAUACCUAAGCCCGACACCAGGCAUGUCAAGGACACCAACGAACGAUAGCCGAGCGGCUCGGCGAAGGAGGAGUACAGCGAGAGCUCCCAGGAUUUCCCACGGCCAACGCUAUCAUAGCCACUGGGUUGGUGGUGCUGCAACUGGCAUACGAUGUGAGAUAGUCGGUGAUGCCAACGAUGUCACUUACGACGUCGGUGGGUUAUCCUUUCCAACAUCCAUUGCCAAGCAGAGCAGGAAAAUGCACAGAUGCAAUCACGUUGAUGAUUAUGGCGAGCCAUGCCUGCGAGCCUUUGAGCGGGGAGAACAUCUUAAACGCCACAUGGCUAGCCAUAGUACAGACCGCAAGUAUGAGUGCGGUCUACCAGAAUGCAAGCACCGGAAGGGCAUCAGUCGAGGCGACAACGCUGGAGACCAUUUCCGCACGCACCUUAAGGACACUGAGAAAGGUCGCCGCAAUAAGAAGUUCGAAUGGCCCGAGGUUCGACGAUAUAUCGAGAGAAGCGAAAAGACUAAUUACCAAUUUGACGAAAUGGAUUCGAACGCGAAAGGAGGGCAGCUGCCAACGACAUUAUCUGCUAGAUGA